AUGCAAUCCCCAACUCGAAAUUUCUGGAACCAACCUUGGGCCAGCUACAAUACGGCAUUGCAGGAGUGCAAUCACUGUCAAGUAACAUUUACACUCUACAACUGCGGCUGUGUCAGAAUGACUCUUCCACAUUUCGACAAAGAUCCUCUCAGCACAUCAUGCAGAAUUUAUCCUCCUUCCGAAUACCCCUCCAAGCCCAAGCCAACCACAAGACCCAAAAUUUUCUACAAGAGAAGAAAUUCCGGUUGUGGAAGAGGCAAGGAAAGUGAAUGUAGAUGGAAUGCGAAAGAAGAAAAACAAUGUCCAUAUGAUCCCAAAACCCGUCAAGAUUGCGAAAACUAUGUUCAUAUCUAUAAGAGAUGCACUCAUGUAAAUAUGGGCUUUGUACGAAUGUGUCAGAAUGAAGAGGAUCGUUGUAAUCGAGGAGGAUCGCCGAAACAUAUGCCGCAUAUUGUUGGUGGUGUUGUGGAUGAUUUCUGCAGUCGACAAUGUGCAGAUGAACAAGCAGUUCUUGAUGAGGAACAACGAAUUUUGGAAGAAGAAUAUGCUCGGAGAAGAAGUGAGAAUACGGCUCAGGAAAGAAAUGAGACAGAAAGAUAUCUUAGGUUUGAAAUGCAAUACCAACGAAACCGGGGCACUCAAAGACCUCGCAGCGAUAUACCACCAACUUGUGCGAGUGCUUCGAAGUCGCCGGCUUACUCGGGAUCGUCAAAUGAUCAGUAUUACCAGUAUACUGAUGCUCAGCUUGAUGAAAUCUCGCGAAAUACCACUCGGAAACGCAGAUACAAAUGA